GUCUCUUUCUCUGUCUGUCUGUGGUUUUGUGUUGUGACUUGUGACCUAAAAAGUGUCAGAAAGAGUUCAUUUCCUUAUUCUCUUUCUCUUGCUUCCCUGUAAAUUAGAGUACAAGAGCCGCGAUCUCACCCAAUUCUUCUUCUUCUUCUUCAACUCUCAACAUAUCAUAUGCCUAUGGCAACAGAAGGGAAGAGGCAUUCUAAAAUCGUCCUCACAAAGCCAUUCUCAUUGGAAAUUGAAUCAGACUCCGAGCCAACUUACAGUUACAGAGCUCCUAAUCUGAUCCGUCGCUUGUUAAGUUUGCUAAAGAAUGUACGGCCAGGAUCAGAUCUCACAAACUUACAGUUGCCACCAUUGUUUUAUUUCCCAAAAUCACAACUUCAGUGCUAUGGUGAAUCAGUAUACAGCACAACUUCAAAUUCAAACUUGCUAAGCAAAUGCAACAAUGAGCAGAGUCCAUUGGAAAGGUUAACAUCUGUGGUAGCAUGGAGCAUAUCUACCACACGCCCUACUUCUUUUGGAGUUGCUCCUUACAAUCCCAUUCUUGGAGAGACACAUCAUGUUUCCAAGGGCAACCUUAACGUCCUACUCGAGCAGGUUUCCAUCAAUCCUCCAGUAUCUGCACUACAUGCAACAGAUGACAAGGAAAACAUUGAAAUGAUAUGGUGCCAGCAACCUGUUCCAAAGUUCCGCGGUACAAGUAUUGAAGCUGAAGUGCAUGGAAAAAGGGUGCUAAAGCUUAGAAAUCAUGGAGAGACAUAUGAAAUGAAUUGCCCUCGCCUCUCAAUUAGAAUUCUUCCGGUUCCAGGAGUUAGUUGGGUUGGCAAUGUUAAUAUACUGUGCAAAGAGACAGGCCUUGUGGCUGAGUUGUCCUACAAAUCAUCCUAUUCUUUUCUUGGACUUGGUGGGAAUAGUAAGUUGGUCAAAGGAAGGAUCCUUGAUUCUUCAUCAUUCAAUGUACUAUAUGAAAUUGAUGGUCAAUGGGAUAGGACUGUUAAAGUGAAGGACACAAGCAGUGGGAAAGUCAGAGUGAUAUAUGAUGCUAAAGAAGUAAUUUCGGGGCUCAAAGCUCCUAUUGUCAAGGAUGCAGAGGGUGUGUGGCAAACUGAAUCAGCCCUUAUUUGGGGUGAGUUGACUGAAGCUAUUAUUAGCAAUGACUGGGAGAAAGCAAAAGAAGCAAAGCAAGGUAUGGAGGAAAGACAAAGGAAGAUGUUGAUAGAAAGAGAGACCAAAGGGGAACAUUGGACUCCUAAGAAUUUUUUGGUGACUUAUAGUAAUGAAAGUGGGUUGGAGUGUGAUUAUUCACCAAUUAAUAAAUGGGUCCCUCCUGCUCCUAUCAUAGACUUGUAAUUUUUAACUUCUGUACAAUGAUACUGCUUGGUAAAUGAAAAUUUUAAAUGGAAAA